AACUAUUGUAUGAACCUUUCCUGUGCGUGAAAUGUCAAAAAUUUGGUUAAAGACGAUAAAGGAAAAAUACCAAGGCAAAGUAAUUAGCGAACCUUCCACUUUCAGACGCUUUUCCCCUGCAUCUGCGAUCAUUUACCGUAACUUCGGACUAUCAGCGAGCUUCUGAUCAGUGCAGAAAGUCUUUUCGAAAAUCCGGAAAAACCGUGGUGUCGCAGAUAUGUCGUACGCAAGUGUUGGCGAAAAUUCAUGACCAGCGCUGGUAAUAUGAGAUAAAGGGGCCGCGAGACAGCGUGUUUUGAAGGCGAAAAGUGCAAGUCAUGGGAGCCAAACCAAGCACUGCGAACGGCACUCAGAGCCCCCGAACCCGGGCCUUCUCUACCAGUAGCAGCUCUGAGGUUGUGGCAGCCCCCGGGUUUCGCUUCAUGAGGUCUUUGGGUAUGGAUAUGUCCAACGAUCGACAGAGAGCCAGGUCCUUGUCUAGUGUGCCAGACCUCCAUGCCAGUCAUGAAGCUCUGUCAAUGCCCCCCACCGGCGCCAGUUUUGAUGUUUCGACUGGCGCCAGUUUUGAUGUUUCGACUGGCGCCAGUCCUGAAACAGACAGCAGUUCAGCAGAAGAUGCAGGUAGUCUUCUUGGCUCAACUGCAGCUAAUAUUGCCCUCGGUAGGGUUUAUGCUGCACAUUCCUUGCCUUCACAUAUUUGGUCUCUAAAUGUUGUGCGCGGGUUUGCUUCCACCAGGAGCUUUAAUUCGUCGUCGGCGACAUCAUGUGAUCGACCAAUGCGCUCUUCAUCUUCAAGGCUCUUGUCACCGCUACGGAACUUAUUGAACCACCAUUGCGAAUUUGAAGUGGAAUAAGGAAAUCAUGCGAAUUUUGCCUCUUGUCCAUCCUAUAUUUGCAGUCUUAAAAAGCAUUUAAAAUGAUAUAUAAA